CAUCACCCGCUCGAUCCCUUUGCAUUUCUUCACUUUCUCUAACUCUUGCUCUUAUUAUCCCUCCUUCUUCCAUGCUUCCAUUUCUAGCUAGCUACAUACCCCUUUGAACAAACCUAAGUAAAAAAAUGAGGAAGCCUAAUUGCUGUGAUAUCAAAGACAUGAACAAAGGAGCUUGGUCCAAACAAGAAGACCAGAAACUCAUUGAUUAUAUCAAGAAAAACCGCAAGAUUUGUUGGCGUACACUCCCUCAAGCUGCAGGUUUACUUCGAUGCGGUAAAAGUUGCAGGCUGAGAUGGAUAAACUAUCUUCGGCCUGAUCUUAAAAGGGGCAACUUUGCUGAAGAUGAAGAAGAUCUCAUCAUCAAGCUUCAUGCUCUACUAGGAAACCGGUGGUCCUUAAUAGCUGGGAGAUUGCCUGGACGUACAGACAAUGAAGUGAAGAACUAUUGGAACUCUCAUUUAAGAAGAAAGCUAAUCAGCAAGGGUAUUGAUCCAAACAAUCAUCGUUUAACCCCCAAAAUCCCUCCCGUGAAUCAAAACCCACCCAAUAUGUCAGAUAGUUCAAAAUCUUCUGACUUGAAAAUCAUUAGCAAGAAUGAGACAAGUAAAAUCCAUUAUGUUGAUAUUAAUUACAGUGAAGUCUCAAAUGUUGCAUGUGGUGAAGAAGAGUCAUAUGCACUGCCAGAUUUAAAUCUUGACCUCACUAUGAGCAUCCCUUCACCUUCACCAAGUGUUGCUGAAAAUAAUCUAAAACCAAUUCAUGAAUUCAUGAAGUCAUCUACAAUACACCAUUUUGUUACCCCUCCAACACUUCUUCUAUUUCAGUGAUCAAACUUUCCCCCGGCCAAAUAGGAUUUUUAGCAAAUUGAUUGAUUGGAUCCAGGGUGAGCGUACAUGUACGUAUCAAACAUUUAUUUGUACUGAUCGUGUAAAGGUUAUGAAUGAAUAAUUCAUUUUUUUAAUGUA